UUUUCAUUUCCGGAUAAAUAAAAGUUAGAGAAACUUUUAGACGAUUUAUGAUAUUCAUAUUUACUGUAAUUAAUCGAAGUGUUGAUCUGUGUGUGGACUGGAGUGAACAUGGCACAAAACUUGAAAAUCUGUGAAAUCGAAGAUUCCUUGAAGCAAAAACUAACAAAGUUCAGAUUCCGUAAAAGUAAAGAUAAUGGUGCUAUUGUCAUGAAAAUAGAUUCAACAAAUUAUAUGAUUAUUCUUGACGAAGAAUAUGAGGAUAACAUUACUAUAGAGGAGCUACAGGCGGAAUUGCCAGAACAUCUACCCAGAUAUGUUGCUUAUAGCUAUGUCUAUCAUCAUGGAGAUGGCAGGAUCUCAUAUCCACUUUGUUUCAUAUUUAUAAGUCCAAGUGGGUGCAAGCCAGAGAUACAUAUGUUGUAUGCUGGAAGUAAGCUCGAACUUGUUAACACGCUCCAACUUACAAAGGCAUUUGAACUUAGAGAUUUAGAAGAAUUCACUGAAGAGUGGCUUAAGAAAAAGCUGGCAUUUUUUCGAUAGUCCUGCUGUUUACUAAACACACAAAACAUCAUAUACACUGCCAGUAUCCAGGGACCAUGUGUUCUCACACAUAUGUCUAAUAGUUUUUGCACCGGACACUGAUCUCCCCAGAUUUUUCUCAACAAGUUUUUAAGUCCUAAUUUUACAUUCUUUGUUUUACCAGAUUUUAAUACUUUCACUUGAAAUUUUAAAUUUGUCAGG